UUUGUAUUUUACUUGUACCGUUUGACUUCCGUCUCUUUUGUCAGGUGAAAAAAAAAACAAAAACAAUCAACACUGCUAAAAUGAGCUCAAAGGCAAAGAAAAAAGAAGGAGCUGGUGAACCACUGCACGACUUAGAACAACAGUUUAUUUUACGUCUUCCACCGGGAUCUGCUAUGGCAUUACGGAGAGAGGUCCAAUCAGGGUCCAUGACACUUAAAGAUAGAAUAAGUAUAGAACUAAACCAGGACCAUAGACAUGGAGCUGUUAGAUAUGGAACAGAUAUAUUUCAUGCAAAGCUGAUGGACUUGCCUUGUGUAAUAGAAUCUUAUAAAACCAUUGAUAACAAAACAGCUUAUAAAACAGCAGAUUUAUGCCAGAUGUUGUUAUGUACAAAUGAUGAAGAACCCAUGUCAGAUGAAAAUGACAGUCUUAAGAAAAAAGAUAAAGAUAAAAAGUAUCAGUAUAUUCAUGGCAUUACUCCACCUUUAAAAAAUGUGAAGAAAAGAAGAUUCAGGAAAACAUUAAAGAAAAAGUACAUGGAACAACCAGACAUUGAGAAAGAAGUAAAGCGACUGUUCAGACAGGAUGCUGAGGCUAUAGAUGUUAAGUGGGAGUUAAUUACUGAGGAAGAGAAAGUUUCGUCAAGUCAGACUAAAGGAGGAAGUGAUAAACCACUGAUACAUAGAUCUGAUACAACCACUAGUCUAGAUUAUGCCAUAUUUGGAGAAUUAAGCAGUUCAGAUGAAGACGAUGAAAAAGAUGUAAACAUCAUGGAUAGUGGAGAAGAUGAAAUGUCCCGGAGCAGUUCCUUCAUCCCUCGACAGACAUCGUAUGCCAGUCUGGACAUGGCGAAUUCUGAGAGUCAGGACGCCAUGAAUGACACAGAAUCAGCAGAAUUGGCGGGUAAAUUAACAGAGUUAAAGAGACAAGUGGAGGAGAUCAGGAGAAGGAGACAAUCUCAGGAAGAUAGAGUGGCAACGUUAGAAAAUCCAAUGUUAAAGCAAACUAUGCAGGAAAUGUUAAAUAAAACCAUUAAAGAAGAGGAUGAGAAAGGCAAAGAGUUUGAAAUAUUAUCAUCAAUGUUGGGCUGAGAAGAUUGACCAGAAAGAUGUUAGUUGAAAGAACAAGGAUUAAAAUAAGAGCCAAAAAUGUAACUGUUUCUAGAAAAAGUUUUUGACAUUGUUGUUGUAAACAUACAUGUACUUAUCUACUAUUCGAAGCAGAGGUCCUAUUUCACAAUGAGAAGAAAGUUAAAAUGGAUUGCCAUGAUAGAGUCUAUCAGUUUUGUUGCAAUGUUCGGAUUGGUUUGGCUCCAAAUUUUUUGUGAUGCCUGUAAGCAAAGCUCUAUUGACAAAUCUGGAUCCUAUUUGCUGGUUAUGUGUCAUCACUCCAGAUUUGAAGAUGUUGUAGAAUUCUUAAUUUAGGAGAUACCAUGCAAUUAAUGAUGUAUUUAAUGUCUUAUACACAACAGCCCUUUUAUCAUGUUUAUAUUUUGUUUUUACAGCUCGCCUGUGCCUAUUCUCUUUUUUUUGUAAAGAUAUUGAUACAUAUGAUUAACUACCUUUUCAAUUGAUUUUACCUACAAGUGUUUAUCAAAAGAAAUUGCAUACCCACUCUAUACCAUUGGAAAGCAGAGUGGACAAUCUAGAAAUUUUGCUCAACCAUUGCCUACUCCCACUGUGGGCUGGUGGACAAAUCAAAAUCCAUCUGA